GAUGGACUGGUCCUCCCUAGGGAACCUGAAAGCGAUCUGUCCCAAAGCCGCGCUGUGCGCCCAGCUCUCGCUGUUCGCUUCUGGCCGUGGGGACCCCGGUCCACGCAAAGCCACGGGGGAAAUGGCCUUGCACUUGGAGAAGACCGCGCGGCUGGCGGUGCGGGGCUGGAGUUCGCGGGGAGCUCCCCGCCGCGUGCAGGCGCUCGGGCGCCCCGGGCGGCUGGGCUCCGCGUCCCGGGACGCCCAGCUCCGGACGGUGACACCCCCGCGCGUCCCGGGCGAGCUCCCCGCGUCCCAGCCCGACAUGCGGGGCGUGGGGCCCCGGGAAGCCGAACCCGCCGGCGCCCGGCCGCCCCCACUCACACGCCCCGACCCUCGGAAACUUCAGACAAACCCGGGGGCUCCGCACCCUUCACAGACCCGCCAGGACCCACCUUCGGGGAUUCCGGGAGCCCCCGGCCCGCGCCUCAUUUUGCAUGCAGAUCACCCACAAUGCUCUAGCAGGGCCGCCCGCAGCUCCUGCAAUUCCACCGAAAAGGAAAAGGCUCUUUUCUUGACAAAGUUCAUCUGCUUAAUGGUUUUCUUUUCUAACAGUCAGGGUCGUACGUUACAAGGAAUCAGGAACGGCCUCUCCCCUCUGUAG